AUGCGGCGGCAGGUCGAUGGCAGUUCGGCGGCAGAGCGAUGGCAGUGCGGUGGCGGUGGCAGUGCGGCGAAAGAUCGAUGGCAGUUCGGCGGGAGAGCGAUGGCAGUGCGGCAGGGCGGUGGCGGUGGCAGGGCGGUCUCAGUGCGGUGGCAGUGCGGCGGCAGGUCGAUGGCAGUUCGGCGGCAGAGCGAUGGCAGUGCGGUGGCGGUGGCAGUGCGGCGGCCGAUCGAUGGCAGCUCGGCGGCAGAGCGAUGGCAGUGCGGCAGGGCGGUGGCGGUGGCAGGGAGGUCUCAGUGCGGUGGCAGUGCGGCGAAAGAUCGAUGGCAGUUCGGCGGCAGAGCGAUGGCAGUGCGGCAGGGCGGUAACGGUGGCAGGGCGGUCUCAGUGCGGUGGCAGUGCGGCAAGGCGGGCGGUGGCGGUGGAAGGGCGGCAGACAGGGCGGUGGAAGGGCGGCGCCAGGGCGCGGUGGCAGGAUAA